UUAUCCACCCCACCAGGACCAGAUAUCGAUCAACAGCAUGGCCGGCUCCGGCGACGCGAAGGCGAAGGACGAUCAGCAUCGUACAGAAGACCCGGCGGCGGCAUCGGCAUCCACGGGCACGGCCAAAGAUGGUAGCACUAACAAUGGUAAUAACAACAGCUCCAACCUGUACGACAAGACGCUGUCGGCGGCGUCGAACCUGGCCCGGCUCCUGCCGACGGGCACCACGACGGCCUUCCAGACGCUGGCGCCGUCCUUCACCAACCACGGCGAGUGCUACCCCGUGAACCGCUACUUCACCUGGGCGCUCAUCCUUUUCCUCGGCGUGCUCUGCUCCUUCCUCUCCUUCACGGACAGCGUCACCGACGAGAGCGGCCACACCUACUACGGGGUCGCCCUCCCGCUCCACUGCCGCCGCUGGGGUGGUUUCAUGCCGUUCAACCACGACGAGCCCAUCGACGAGCGCGAGAGGAACAAGCGGGCCGUCAGGACGCGAGACUGGCUUCACUCCUUCUUCCGCUUCGUUGUGUUCAUCUCCCUCGCCUUCUGCGACUCCGGCGUGCAGAAGUGCCUCGUCCCGCUCGAGAAGCCCCAGUGGAGGGAGUUCCUCGUCAACAUGCCGCUCGCCUCGGGCUUCCUCGCCAGCUUCGUCUUCAUGAUCAUCCCUUCCACAAGGCAUGGCAUCGGCGCAGGCCCGGGCGACAGGACCAGCAGCAUUGACGCUGCUGCUGCUGCUGCUACUACUACUUCUGCAGCUGCCUCAGGCUCAGAACCUCCUAAUGGAGCCCUAGUCGGCCCGGACACCGGUACUAGCCGUCGAGUUGCCCCAACCACCGGCUGUGAGCUCUGCCAUGUCUAAGAGCGGGCCGGCGUCUUCGACAUCGAUCCGCACGCAUGCAGCUAGAGGCUGGGGUGAGUGUGUGCAUGCAUCAUGCAUGGUGACUGUCUCGAUAUCCACGUGCUUGAUGUUAUUUGUCUUCUUAAAUAAGACCUGCAUGCCGGCGGGUCAGUACGUACGUCUGCGUAUCUCAGGUUGUACUAAUACUACCGUGUGGUGUGGAUGUUGAGUGUGUGUGUGUGGGGUGUGCGGGAAAAAAAAUAUGUAUCCACGCCAAGAUGAUCUAUCCGUGCGUUUGAGUUUGGAUUUUGGUAUUAAUUUGAAAAUAGUUUGGUUC